GCGCCAUCUCUCAAUUCUAUAUUAUUCUCUUCGCUCCCAGACAAACUCCUUCCUUUUAUAUAACCCAGAAAAAAAAAAAAAACAAAAAAGGACUGGUCUACCAGUUACACAUGACUGAUCAGGAAAUUAACCAGAAACAGAGGAGACUCUGUGAUUAUUGCAAUGAAUCCACGGCUCUUUUAUAUUGCAGAGCUGACUCGGCCAAGCUAUGUUUUUCGUGCGACAGGGAAGUUCACUCAGCCAACCAGCUAUUCACAAGGCACGCUCGGUCACAGCUCUGUGACGCCUGCGAUGAUUCCCCCGCUUCCAUCUUUUGCGAAACGGAUCAAUCUGUUUUCUGCUCGAAUUGCGAUUGGGAAAGGGAAAGCCACAAGUUUCCCUCGUCUUCGUUGCACAAGAGGAGGCCCAUAGAAGGGUUUACUGGGUGUCCUUCGGUGACUGAGCUGGUGAGUUUCGUUGGGGUUGAUGAUUUGGGUGAUAAAGCUCCGAUUUUGAGUGAAAGGGAAGGUGGCCAUGGUGAGGACGAUGGGUGGUUGGAUUUGUCAAGCUGGGAAACUCCGGUGGUUUCUAGCUUUGAUGAUUUGCUUGUUUCGAGUGAUUUUGAUCAUGGGUUUAAGCCGACGGAUGUUCUUCCUUUGCCCAAGAAUCGUAAUGCUUCUUGUGGACAACACAAGGUGGAGGUAAUUCAUCAGCUGCGUGAACUGGCGAAGUCGGAACCUACCCUCGGCUUUGGAAAGACUGUUCUCGAAGCCAUUGAUGGGUUCCAGCCACGGAUGCCUGAUGCUGAUAAUUUGCAGCCAGGAACCGUGCAUACAAGUUUCAAAAACGAUACAAAUCCAAUUUUGCUUCCUGCUUACGAGUCGAGUGCACUACGGUGCUUCAAUGACAAUGUCGAGACAACCAGUCAAGUAUUUGUGCCUAUUUCCCAACUAAUAGACCAUACUGAGGAAACUGCUGUGGUUCCUGAUAAACAUCCAGGUUCUAGCAAGACAACACCUUUGAGUGAUAGUCUUGAAAACCAACUACAACUUCAAAACGAUGCCGGAACCACGUCAGCUCUUCCAAAGGUUGCUGUUCACGAGUUAAAUAGCCAGGAGAGAGAGACUGCAAUCUCACGUUACAAGGAGAAAAGGAAAACAAGGAGGUUUGGCAAGCACAUCAGGUAUGAAUCAAGAAAGGUUAGAGCUGAUAGCAGGACAAGAAUUAAGGGACGUUUCGCAAAGAUAGAGCGAUGAGACACUGAUUGUCAAAUACUACUUGGAAUCUUGGGAACUUUUUUCAAUAAUGUUCAUGCAAAUAAAACAAUGGUUGGUGAAACUUACGCGUCCUGUAUUCAUAAUAUUUCAGUCUCACCUUGUAAUGAGACCCACCAACCAGCAUGGUUACAGAUUUAACAA